AUACUCAAAGUAAAAUAUAACAUCAAGAUCAUGGUGGGCAUCAAAACCAUUGUUAUAGUUUUAUGUUUGCACGCAAUGUUGUUAUCGAUGGUGACUGAAGCUGCAUCUCGUAACAAGGUUAAGCGUGUCAAGCCUCCUAAACCCGUCAAACCUCUACAGGAGCUUUUAACAUGUAAGAGCCGCAGAAGCCGGUGUUUCAUGAAGCGCGUCAAGUGUCCGCUCGAAUGCCCAAAGGUUAAACCCAAAAACCCUAAAGAUAAAGCUUGCUUUCUCGACUGUUAUUCACCAAAAUGCGAGGCUGUAUGUAAAUCACGUAAACCAAACUGCAAUGGACCUGGAGCUGCAUGCUACGAUCCACGAUUCAUCGGUGGAGAUGGAAUCGUAUUCUAUUUCCAUGGGAAAAGCAAUCAGCAUUUUAGUUUGAUAUCUGAUUCCGAUCUUCAAAUUAAUGCACGUUUUAUUGGAUUAAGACCUGAAGGCAGACCUCGGGAUUAUACAUGGAUCCAAGCAUUGGGUCUCAAAUUUGGUCAUCAUAAUUUCACCCUGGAAGCUACAAAAACAGCGAAAUGGGACGAUAACGUCGAACAUCUAAACUUAUCAUACGAUGGAACGGAAUUGGUGAUUCCAGAAGGCCAUUCUUCUGAAUGGACUUCAACCAAUGGCGAUAUACAAGUUGAAAGAACUUCAACGACCAAUAGUUUAACGGUUCAUAUACCUGAUGUUGCUGAAAUAUCUGUUAAUGUGAUUCCAGUAUCAGAAGAAGAUAGCAAGAUACAUAACUAUCAGAUUCCUGCAAACGACAGCUUUGCUCAUUUGGAAGUACAAUUCCGAUUCUUGGGGUUAUCGUCUAAAGUUGAAGGGAUUCUUGGGAGAACUUACCGGCCGGAUUUUGAGAAUCCGGCGAAACCAGGAGUGGCAAUGGCUGUUGUUGGCGGUGAUGACAAGUACAAGACGAGUUCACUUCUUGCCACAGAUUGCGCACUAUGCGUUUUUGAUCCCAACGAAAUCAAAAAUGGAGAUGGGGCAAGGGUGAUGGAAUACGGCAUGGUGGAUUGCACCAGUGGAGGGAAUGGAAUUACAUGCAAGAAAUAAGUCAUCAAUUUCAUUAAAUGGUUCUUAUUUAUUAAUUAUCUGAAAGUAUUUUAUCAUUAAUUUGUCUUGAAAAUGUGUGGUUUAUUGUUUCUUCAGUUCUUUGUGUGGUGUAAUUGGCUAUGGUAGCCUUUGAAUAAAUGGGAUUAUUUAUUUUGUCU